CCGUGACAAGCCGAGCCAGUUGCAAUUCAAACCAAACAACAGCGAAGCGCGAUGGGCUCGUUCAUGAGCAGCGUGUCGCUGUACCAAGCGGUGCUCAACGGCAGCAACAAGGACGUCAAGGCGCUGCUCGCCGCCGGCGUCGACCCCAACGUCUAUGCCAACGCGAAAGGCGCGACGCCGCUGCUCGUCGCCGCCGACAAGGGCCACGUGCAGAUCGUCGAGUGGCUGCUCGCCGCCGACGCCAACGUCAACCACCCCGCCGAGGGCGGCGUGACCGCCCUCUCGAUGGCGGCGCAGCAUGGCCAUGCCGACGUCGUCGCCCUCCUUCUUGAGGCCAAAGCGAAUGUCAACCAAGCGCGCCACGACGGCUGGACGCCGCUGCUUAUUGCGGCCAACGGCGGCUUUGACUACAUCGUCGAGAUGCUCUUGGCGGCCAAAGCCAACGUCAACCAGGCGACAGCGCUCGGGUCGACGCCGCUGGCGUACGCCGCUCAGCACGGCCACGUCAAUAUUGUGCGCAUGCUCUUAGCGGCCAAGGCGAACGUCAACCAGCCGUCCCAGAAAGGAGAAACGCCGCUGUAUGUGGCGGCCGAGACGGGUCAAGCGUCUGUGAUUCCGUGGCUCUUGCGGGCCCACGCCGAGCUCGACAAGGCCGACAACAACGGAGUCACGCCGAUCAUGGCCGCCGCCAACAACAACCAAGCACACGUUGUCGCACUCCUCACCGACGCCAAGCAACGGCCGUUGGAGCUGCGCUCGGCGCCGUCGUCGCGGUCAUCGCCGCCGUCCAGCACUUCGUCGCUCAAGGCGGUGCCCAUGGAGCUCACCGAGGUGCGCUGCCAGUCGUGCAACACGCCGAAUGCCACGACCACCACCAACUGCCUCGACUGCGGUGCGCCGUUGCCGACGGACGCGACCAAGCUCGCCAUUUUGCUCAAGCGCGUCGACGGCGCGCCGAUCGAUGUCGACCUCGCGUGCGCGUUUUGCGACACCUUCAACCCGAUGACGUCGCCGGUCUGCAGCGGCUGCGACGACGCCAUGCCGGACGACAAGGCCAAGCUGCGCAUCCUCGUCGCGCGCGUUGAGAGAGCUGUUCAGCACGCGUCGCCCCGGCCAUGAGACGACGCAGUCCAGCCGCUUGUCGCGUGGAAGCAAGCGCCAUCGCUAUCGUCGCCGCGUUGCCUAUAUCUCGCAGUCGACGACGAGGCGGACCCAUUGAAUAUAUGUAUAUAAACAAAGCCGAUACGACUAUGGCACGGCCA